AUGGCAUCAAAGAUCAUAAGUGAAAACCCCACCGAGUUGGAAUUGAAAGUUGCCCAAGCUUUCGUUGACUUGGAAAGCCAAUCAGACUUAAAAGCUGACUUGCGUCCCUUGCAAUUCAAAUCCAUAAAGGAAAUCGAUGUUGCCGGAGGCAAGAAGGCCUUGGCUGUCUUUGUUCCACCACCAUCCUUAUCGGGAUACAGAAAAGUCCAAACUAGAUUGACCAGAGAAUUGGAGAAGAAGUUCCCAGACAGACACGUUGUCUUUUUGGCUGAAAGAAGAAUCCUCCCUAAGCCAUCCAGAAAAGCUAGAAAACAACAAAAGAGACCAAGAUCCAGAACCUUGACUGCUGUUCACGACAAGAUCUUGGAGGACUUGGUGUUCCCAACUGAAAUUGUCGGAAAGAGAGUCAGAUACUUGGUUGGUGGUAACAAGAUCCAAAAAGUGUUGUUGGACUCCAAGGACUCAACUGCUAUCGACUACAAAUUGGACUCAUUUCAACAAUUAUACUCAAAAUUGACCGGUAAGCAGGUUGUUUUUGAGAUUCCAGGUGAAAUCCACUAA